UGGCCAUUCUGCAGACUCAGCUCGCUGUUGACCUUGUUUUUACUGUGGUGCGUCUGCGGUGGCGGCUCAUCUGCCGGUAAACGAGUAGAGAAACCACACAGAAAUGAGCCAGCAAACUGAGAGCGAUGCCAAGGUGGCAGAAGGUAACGAAGAGGAGCUGGAGCAGGAGCAGGAGCCGGCUGGCAGUGAGAGUGAAAGUGUUUCCAAGGAAAACGAAGCAGACUCCAACUCUCCAGGCGAGCGACUGGAAACCGAUAAACCUCAGCAGGAAUGCGAAACGUUGGUAAAGCAAACCAACGCAACAACAACAACAAAUGCCUCAAAUAACAAAAGUGAGCAGGAGGAGGCUAAUGCCACAAGCUGCCGCACAGCAGGCGAUUCAACGCCUGACCAGGUCAGCCAGACGGAGGCCUCGCAGCAGGACUUUGCGGACUACGAACAGCAUGUGAGCUAUGCGGCCGAUGGUGGCGCCAUUUACACGGAUCCCAGCACAAAGCAAAAGUACAAAUGGUGUAACACGCAAAACAGUUGGCAGCCGCUGGCCGGGGAUGGAGGACUCAUCCCCACUGCGGGCAAUGUGUAUGAGAACGAGCACUACAAGUGGUCCGGCACCACCAGCACAGCUACCGAAACCGAGCACUACAAGUGGGAUGCGGAGCAACAGAAGUGGCUGCCCAAGAAGCUGCCACAGGCAGCGCCUGGCCAGGAUGUGGUCUAUGGCAUCGAUGAGAACGGCGAUCGCACCUACACAGACAAGGAUGGCGUCGUCUUCUUCUGGGAUGCCGGCAAGUCGGCGUGGUUCCCGAAGAUCGACGACGACUUCAUGGCGCGCUAUCAGAUGAACUAUGGCUUCAUAGACAACACCAGCGCCGGGGAGCGCGAGAAGGAGGAGCGCGAGGCAGCUGAAGCUAAACGCAAGGAGGAGGAAUUGAAGCGCAUGACAGCCGAGGCCCAGGCGGCCAUGAAUGCCCCCAUAGGUGGCAAAGAUGGUGUACCAGCGGCAGCUGUGGCUGGCAAGCGCAAGGCCCAGGAGCCGCCAAAAUGGUUUGAUGUGGAUCCCACGCAAAACACCAAAGUCUACGUUUCCAACUUGCCCCUGGAUAUAACAAUGGAUGAGUUUGCCGAGCUGAUGGGCAAGUGCGGCCUAGUCAUGCGAGAUCCGCAAACCCAGAAGUUCAAACUGAAAUUGUACACCGAAGCGGAUGGACAAAUCAAGGGCGACGGAUUAUGUGACUAUAUAAAGGUAGAGUCUGUUAACUUGGCUCUGCAGAUUUUGGAUGGUUACAAUCUGCGUGGCCAUAAAAUUCACGUCCAGCGGGCGCAGUUUCAAAUGCGCGGCGAAUACAAUCCGGCACUCAAACCCAAGCGCAAGAAGAAGGACAAGGAAAAGUUGCAGAAAAUCAAGGAAAAAUUGUUCGACUGGCGACCUGAUAAAAUGCGGGGCGAGCGUUCGAAGAACGAGAAAACGGUCAUCAUUAAAAAUCUCUUUACGCCGGAGCUGUUCGAGAAGGAGGUGGAGCUCAUUUUGGAAUAUCAAAAUAGUCUGCGUGAGGAGUGCAGCAAAUGCGGCAUGGUGCGCAAAGUUGUUAUCUAUGAUCGCCAUCCCGAGGGCAUAGCUCAGAUCAAUAUGUCUACGCCAGAGGAAGCCGACAUGGUCAUACAAAUGAUGCAGGGCCGAUACUUUGGCCAGCGCCAGCUCAGCGCUGAUCACUGGGAUGGCAAGACCAAAUACAAAAUUGAUGAAUCGGCAGCUGAGGCACAGGAGCGUCUCUCCAAAUGGGAUGAGUACUUGGCAGCCGAAGAUGCGGCCAAGGAGGAAGCGGAAGAUGCGGCCAAGGAGGAGGCAGAAGAAGCGGCCAAGGAGAAGGCAGAAGAGGCGCCCAGCGGCAGUCCGCAGGCGGCUCAGGAAACAGCUUAAGCUGGAUACA